AUGAGAGAGGGUCCGCGGCGAGGUCAAUUGGAGAAUCAUAUCACGGCAAGGAUUUGUUGGCACCCAAGUUUAGCGGGCGUCUACUUUUUUUACAACACCACUGUGGCCGCGCUGGCUCUGGCGUUGGCCGGGCCAGUGAUGGCGGCCGGAGAUAUUCAUCGUGCAAAGCAGAAUACGCGGGCGGCGAGUGAACCGUUUUCUGGGCCAGAAACACCUCCAAGCGCUUGUUGCUGGAUGAGCACCCUCUUCGGCAUCCUCCCUCCCUCUGCCUACGGUAAGUGGGCCGGCAAACGCGAUGAUUUGCACUGCUGCUGCGAGUCAAAGCUGGCGCAAAACUCAAUUGUCGAAAAAAGCACCGUCGGGAGGCAUGGCAAGCCACUUCCUGUCCUGAAACGUGUGCAGAACUGCCGCGUGCUCUGCUGCGCUGACUUGCCCUCCUCUUUUCCGCUUUCAAAACGGGCUACAGAUGCUCCAACCGUGAAUAGCGACAUUGCACUCAGGCUAAAUGCCCGCCAUCCGCAAUCCAACGACGACACCACUCCUUGCGCAGGGAUAUUCCCAAAGGCGAACGGGAUGGACGGACGGCCGGCCUCUGGUUGGCUGGCUGUUCUCGCAAUCCGACAACUUGGGGACGACGUCUACAAUUCCCAGGCUGAGGCGAGUCCGUCACGCCCGUCUCUUGCUCGCCAUCCCCUCGUCUCCACCAACACCAGGCGGCCAGCACGCUCAAUAGAUCCGCUGGCCGUCGAGACUCCCCAAGGAAGCGACAUUGCCGGAAUCAUCGUCAACAGGGAGGCUGGUGCAACGUGGAGACUCGAGAGACGCGAGCAAAUGAUGAGAAAGUUCACGGCUGCGAAUCGAGCGCUGUCUCCACUCGACGUUGCUGGGCCUCCCUUCACGGGGAGUUCCCUUGACCAAACGUGCCGACUGUACCACUUGCUUGGUGUUGGACGUGGGACGCUGGAGGCGGUGAUAGGCCCAGAGCUGUUGCGGUGUGACCACCCGCCCUCACACUCACACACAUCUCCACCUCGAACUCAAUAUUCAGAACCGUGCAAUUCCUCGCGGCCUCAGGACGACGGGGCCGUGAUCAAUGUCCCAGCACCAUGGGUGGGGCGUGUCGCGGAGACACAAAGCCGUUCGUUCUGGCCAGCUGAAACAUUCAUUGCAAUACGGCGCAAUCCGCUGAGGCGUCUUUAUCGCCAACAAGUCCUUGUUGCGAAGAGGCGGGAGCGAAGAGUUGCCCAGAUCCAGGGUGGUGUUGAAGUUUCAAUGCGAACCUUGCCCAUGACAGCCCCAACUAUGGCAUCCCAUCUCAGCCAGCUAGUCGCCUCAGGCGCCAAACUUGCCGUUCGCAGUGCCCGUGAUUCGAUCCUGCUAGCCGCGCACCAUUGUUCAUUCCUCGUAGCUAACGAAUCACUCUUCCCUGAAUACAUGGUGGAAGCCCUGGCCGUCGGACAAUGGCCAUUCCUCCACCUUGUGCGACGACUGACGGCAUUUGGUGGCAGCAGCUGGUGGACAGCAAUCGAAAAGCAUCCGGCAUCAAUCGGCUCUGCAGCACAUCAUCGAGCAUGGGAGGCCGGCAUUUGCUCUCGCGGCCCAGACAGUGGCGCCCUCAACCGACCCGCGCAGUCGCACCAUGUGCAGCAGUCUGUUGCUGAGGGCCAACAGAAGGUCGUCCCCUCUGUAAGGGCCAGUUGCACAUCUCUCGCGUGGGCCAAAGUGGAAAUAAACGUGCAGCGCAUCCGGCGCGAUGUGGAAGGCGCGGAUCGUGGAGCGAGGCCCGCGCCGGCUCUACAUGUAACUUUGCUGACCACCCUCGACGGCGAGAUAGGAAAGUCAAUAUUAAAACCGACAAUAUUUGAUAUGGCCAUUGACCGAUUAGGACUGGACACGAGCCAGCAGUCACACGACCACCGUCUAUUCUCAGAUAUGGGGGAGUUGGGGGAUAUCAAAUUAGCGACCUCCUGGAUCAGCUUCGACUCCCUUGAGAUAUUGUUCUCGACGAGCAAUCUAGAAUCGGAAUCCGUAGGACGGCGGGGGUGUCUCGCCGCGCCCGAGAUUAGACACCGUUACACGCUACGAAUGGCUAUCCUCGCUAAUCAAGGCCUUCCAGAAACGCUCAACGUUGAUGGCGAUUCAACCCGCAGAAGCAAGCGUGCUCCAGGCCGCGAUCAGCUGCAAUCUGUCGCCAGCGUUCCUGCAUUUAUGAGGCCGUCCCGCAAUACGGCCACGCCUGGUACGGAUCGAGUAGAUGAUUGGCCAUGUUCUUCCUGCAUUCACCCGUCGUUGCAUAUGCGCCCAAGCCGCCUGCCCAGCCCCAGCACGAACUUCAGCGGGCAACAGUGCGCGAUAUUGGCCGCCGUCGCACACAUCGACACACCACACGUCGCGGCAACUUCAACAACAGCAGCAGAGCAGCAUCAGCCUGCCCUCCUCGCCGCCGCCAGGCCUCCGCACCUCUUCGGAUGGGGGGCACGGCACGCACAGCGGAUCGAUCAGAUAGGCGCUGCUCUGCCAAUCAGCGCGGGCCACGUCAAACUCACGCAGAGCCGUUAUCGGGGGCUUGUUGUCGUCUUGAAGCCACGGCUGGCGUUUGCAGGCGACACGGGCCUCUCCUUGCAGUCCGAAACAGGCUCGAGGGAUGGCCUUCACCGGAUUGGCUUCACGGCCGCUUGUCAUCUCACCUCAUGCUCUGCUCCUCCGUUUUCUAGCACACUCCUCACCUUGGUCCCCAACAAUUCCAAGAAUGUUCAGCUGGAAGCUGGACCUGGAGCUGGACGAGAAGGGCCGCUCUCCACGUUUGCCCGAGUCUGUCCUAAAACGUUUCCUCCGUUUUUGCCGUCAGACUCUGUCAACACCAUCGCAGCAGGUCCUCACUCCAUCUUCUCUCACCGCUAUUCUAUUCUUGAGCCCUCUGACCCCGUUCUGCUGGAUAGACUGGGAUCUCUCAAUAUAAGUGUCCCAGCAGGCAUGGAUUGCGAUACACGGCAGGUCCUGCCCCGACGCCGCAAGCAUCCUCUCUGCAUCCUUCUGCUCUUGGGGGCCGCAGAGCUUUUUCUGAAUCCGGGCUCGCUCGACAAACUUGCUUUCCCCGCAAUCGUGCCGCAUCGUGACUCUGCCCUUCCCGCAGCAGCCUGCCUGGCCAGAUUCAGAUUCCUCCCAGGCAUCGAAGGGGCGCCGCUCAUCACAGCACAUUCGGUUGCUAUUACCCGCAUGCUAAGCACGACAUACCUGCUUGCAUCACAUGCGUCCGUCGCCGUUUCUUCAGGCGAAAUUACGUCGGCUGUCUCAAACAACAUGCUUUUUGCUUCAGGGCUGAAAGAGCCACAGUGCCAGCUGGAUAAUAGCAGCUACCCCUCUCGAACACGCGUUCUAUACAAUGCCUCGGCGGCAUAUAUGAAUGCAGGUUGGGAUGUACCAUGCACAUGCAGUCAUUCUGCCUGUCCGCCAAUUCGCCCAGACGACUUUCACAUCUUGGAAGCCCAAAGCUACGGAUCACUACGACCCACGAUGCAAUGCAAAUGCGGUAGGAGUUCGUAUCGUACGUAUAGGACUUUGAAUCUCGUUCUCGAUUUUGCUCGUUGCUGUUGCUUUCGCCGUUUCCUGCGAUACAAUCCACUUCUUCCAAGCGCUAUUGUCCACUAUGGGAAGGAGAAACAUCUUUCCUCAACUAACUCCUUUUGCAAGAUGAAGCGAACAUGCGGCGGUUGGAACUCAAUCGACACGACUCGCUUUCGAACAUCAGUUCACGCACUUGACUGGGUGUCCCUUCCGAGGCUCAAAACUGCGAUCUCCGGUUACAGAUCAAAAAUUUCCAUGGGAAAAGCAUCUGACGUCUCGUGUCUGCCACCAGACCGCACCCCGAUCCAAACCAUGCCCUUGCACGCUUUGUCCGCCAGCUGGCAGGCUAACCUUUGGAAUCUCAACCAUGGUUUAAGGUACCCCACCACAGUCUACGGCUUCUCAGAAUUGGAGUUUAGUGGGGAGGUGGCUGGCGCGAAAUAUUCUGGCCCUUCACAUGGCUGA